AUGGUGAAGGUGACCGAAUUCAAGGUGGGCAUGACGUGUGACGGCUGCUCCAGCGCCUGCACACGCAUCCUGAACAAGAUCGAAGGUGCGUCCUCCCUUCUCGCUAGCUCUUAUAAUACUGCGUGCGAUGUGGAGAAGCAGCAGAUCCUGGUGGAGGGCGACGCCGACGCUAACGUGAUGCUGGAGGCGCUGCUCAAGUGGUCCAAGGCCAGCGGCAAGAGCGUGGAGCUGGUGGCCUAA